AUGGGGCGAAAGCGGUCUUUGGGAUUUCAGGACGAGCUGAUCCCUUUCCAGGACGAAGGGGGCGAGGAGCAGGAGCCGAGCAGCGACAGCGUCUCGGCGCAGCGGGACCUGGACGAGGUCAAGUCGUCUCUGGUCAACGAGUCGGAGAACCAGAGCAGCAGCUCGGACUCGGAGGCGGAGAGGCGCCCGCAGCCUGCUCGGGACGCCUUCCAGAAGCCGCGGGACUAUUUCGCCGAAGUGAGAAGGCCCCAGGACGGCGCGUUCUUUAAGGGCCCUCCGUACCCAGGGUACCCCUUUCUGAUGAUCCCGGACCUGAGCAGCCCUUACCUCCCCAACGGACCCCUGUCUCCCGGAGGAGCGCGCACGUACCUGCAGAUGAAAUGGCCCCUCCUCGAUGUCCCCUCCAGCGCCACAGUCAAGGACACCCGAUCACCGUCCCCAGCACACUUGUCUAAUAAAGUUCCUGUUGUUCAACACCCACAUCACAUGCACCCGUUGACGCCCCUCAUCACCUACAGCAACGACCACUUCUCCCCUGGCUCUCCUCCCACACACCUCUCCCCAGAGAUUGAUCCAAAGACAGGAAUCCCCCGGCCCCCUCAUCCAUCUGAGCUGUCUCCAUAUUAUCCACUGUCUCCUGGAGCUGUCGGACAAAUCCCCCAUCCCCUCGGCUGGCUUGUCCCACAGCAAGGACAGCCCAUGUACUCCCUUCCUCCUGGUGGUUUCCGGCACCCCUACCCUGCCCUCGCCAUGAACGCCUCAAUGUCCAGCCUGGUUUCCAGUCGGUUCUCCCCUCACAUGGUGGCUCCGGCCCAUCCUGGUCUGCCCACCUCAGGGAUUCCCCACCCCGCCAUCGUGUCCCCCAUCGUCAAGCAGGAACCAGCACCCCCCAGCCUGAGCCCAGCUGUGAGCGCGAAAUCACCAGUCACAGUGAAAAAGGAGGAAGAAAAGAAACCCCACGUGAAGAAGCCUCUUAAUGCCUUCAUGUUAUAUAUGAAGGAGAUGAGGGCCAAGGUGGUGGCUGAGUGCACCCUGAAGGAAAGUGCAGCCAUUAACCAAAUCCUAGGAAGAAAGUGGCACAACCUGUCCCGAGAAGAACAAGCCAAGUACUACGAACUGGCCCGGAAGGAGCGGCAGCUUCACUCCCAGCUCUACCCGACCUGGUCGGCCCGGGACAACUACGGUAAGAAAAAGAAGAGGAAGAGAGAGAAGCAGCUGUCGCAGACACAGUCCCAGCAGCAAGUCCAAGAGGCAGAGGGUGCUCUGGCCUCCAAAAGCAAGAAGCCAUGUGUUCAGUACCUGCCCCCUGAGAAGCCCUGUGACAGCCCUGCCUCUUCCCAUGGCAGCAUGCUGGACUCCCCAGCUACCCCCUCUGCAGCCUUGGCCUCACCGGCUGCCCCUGCUGCAACCCACUCAGAGCAAGCCCAGCCCUUGUCCCUCACCACCAAGCCAGAGACCCGGGCCCAGCUGGCUCUCCACUCGGCUACCUUCCUGUCAGCUAAGGCUGCAGCCACCUCCUCUGGCCAGCCCCCACUCCUCUCCCGGCCCCUCCCCCUCGGGUCCGUUCCCACGGCUCUGCUGACUUCUCCCCCUUCCUUCCCAGCCACGCUUCAUGCCCACCAGGCCCUCCCAGUACUCCAGGCCCAGCCUCUUUCCUUGGUCACCAAGUCUGCCCACUAAGCUGCCCUGUGAUCUAUGCAGGCUGUCAGGUGACCCAUCAAGUAGUAAUGAUACAGAAGUAAAAAAAAGGAAACUUUAUUGGUCAAUAUUUGACCACUCUGGACUGUUCUGUAAAGUGACUGGUAACAGCAGCACUUUACAUUUUGUAGAUGUAACCAGUAGCUGACCUUAAGCUUUUUUAAAAAAACAAAAAACAAAAAACAACAACAACAACAACAAAAAUCUUUAAAAGAAAAAGUACUGAAAAGUAGUGUGUCAUUCUUCCUGUAUGUGCAGUGGUGGAUGGACCUGGGCAGAAGACCCUUUUCUCUCUACCUCUGGCACUUUCUGCCCUCCUCCCUCUUCUCAUCGGCUCCACAUGCCCCAGCUCCCGCAUCCAGUCUGCAUGGUGGCUGGCCAUUGCUGCAAUUUCUGUCCUGUUGCUUCUUUGUCUAGAUCCCAUUCCUGGACAUUUCCUUUUAUCUCACCGAAGUUUUUCUCUUUUGUUCAAUUCUGUGAGUUUCUACCUUCAUCUUCUUUGUCCCCUGCCCAGUGUAAGGCUGUCACCACAUGAGAAGACACCUUUGCCUGGUUUGUCUCUACCAGCAUCACCUUUCCCUCAGUAGGCCCUAACCUGCCAGCCUCCAGCUUCUGGUGGCAAAAGAGGCCUUCUGAAAUGGUUCUUCCCCACAUUUAAAGGGACUCAAGGUGCCUGCCACUUCCUUAGUGACGAAGUCUGUGUUCUGCCCCUUUGCCAGUCAAGAUCUCCUUUUCACAGUCCCAGCAUGGCAUACAGGACCUGCUCCAAGGUCUGGUUCCUGUCUCCUGGGUCAGUGCCAGCACAGUCUGCCAAAGUUCUAAAGACCCUCCUCCCUCCCCCAUCACCUCACGUGCUUCUAUGUGUAUUUCUUUUUGUUUUUAUGGGGGUUUUUUUUUGAAGCAAUUUAAACUCCCAAUGAGCUGUUUAUUUUCACAAAAGAAAAUAAAAUUGCAGUUGCAAGACCUUU